CGGUGCAGUAACAGGAUUUGUAGCCCUUUAUAUGGAAAACAUUUGAAAUCUGCAAUAUGGCGACAACUGCAGCUGUAUCCACCUUACCGUGACAACCUGCAAUGAAAAAGGUACUAUUUUUGCCAGCACACGUUCUGCUAACACUUUCUUAUGCAGGAGGCUAACUGUUAACUUUGAAGGUGCAGGAUGAAAAGAUGGCUCAACAGCUUAUACCGCCAGGACCUGAAAGCUUCCGCCUGUUUUGCCGUGAAUCUCUUGAUGCUAUUGAAAAGCGCAUUGCAGAUGAGAAGGCAAAGAAACCAAAAGGGGACCGUCGUGACAAUGAUGAUGAAAAUGGCCCAAAGCCAAAUGGUGACUUGGAAGCUGGAAAAUCACUGCCAUUUAUUUAUGGCGACAUCCCUAAAGGAAUGGAUUCAGAACCCUUGGAGGAUCUGGAUCCAUAUUACAUGAAUGAAAAAACCUUUAUAGUAUUGAACAAAGGGAAGACAAUCUUCCGAUUUAAUGCCACACCUGCCUUGUACAUCUUAAGUCCUUUCAAUCCUCUUAGAAAAGUAGCGAUUAAGAUAUUGGUACAUUCAAUGUUCAGCAUGUUUAUCAUGUUAACUAUCAUGACAAACUGUACGUUUAUGACCUUGAGCAACCCUCCUGAUUGGGCAAAGAAUGUAGAGUACACGUUCACUGGAAUUUACACAUUUGAAUCACUUCUAAAAAUUCUUGCAAGGGGCUUCUGUAUAGGUAAAUUUACAUUCCUUCGAGACCCAUGGAACUGGCUGGAUUUCAGUGUAAUCCUCAUGGCAUAUUUGACAGAGUUUGUGGACCUGGGCAAUGUCUCAGCAUUGAGAACAUUCCGAGUUCUCCGAGCGUUGAAAACAAUAUCAGUCAUACCAGGCCUGAAGACAAUUGUGGGCGCCCUGAUCCAAUCGGUGAAGAAGCUCUCGGAUGUAAUGAUUUUGACUGUGUUUUGUCUAAGUGUUUUUGCACUAAUAGGGCUUCAACUAUUUAUGGGCAAUUUAAGACAAAAAUGUAUACGGUGGCCAUCUGCCGAAUCGGGUUCCAAUUUAACUUUCUCCUUGAUCAGCAUAAUGGAUGUAAAUGGAACAGUGUUAAACUUAACUGAGAACACAUUCAACUGGACAGCAUACAUCAAUGACCAAACAAAUUAUUACUUCAAAAAAGGACAUAGGGAUGCUUUGCUGUGUGGCAACGGCAGUGACGCAGGGUGUAUUGACGGCCAAACUGUCCUGCGGGUUAAAACCAAUGUGUCACAACGAUUAUCUUGGAUAGUCCGGGCUUUCCUAUCAUUGUUUCGAUUAAUGACUCAAGACUUCUGGGAAAAUCUGUAUCAGCAGACCCUACGAGCAGCUGGGAAAACAUACAUGUUGUUCUUUGUGUUGGUCAUUUUCCUGGGAUCAUUUUACCUUGUGAACUUGAUUCUGGCUGUAGUUGCCAUGGCCUACGAUGAACAAAACCAAGCAACACUCGAAGAAGCCCAACAGAAAGAGGCAGAAUUCCAGGCAAUGCUUGAGCAACUGAAGAAACAGCAAGAAGAUGCACAGGCUGCCGCUGAAGCAGCAGUAGCAGCUGCAGCUGCCAAUGGGUAUGGUGAAUACAGUGGAGGCUGCGAAGUCACUGAGAGCUCCUCAGAGGCAUCAAAGCUCAGCUCCAAGAGUGCCAAGGAACGGAGAAACAGACGCAAAAAGAGAAAACAGAAAUGUGAGGACAAAGAAAAAGGGAACAUUGAUACAUUUCACAAAUCAGAAUCUGAAGACAGCAUAAAAAGAAGAGGCUUUGGCUUUUCUAUUGAUGGAAACAGGCUUAGCUAUGAAAAGAGAUAUUCCUCCCCAGACCAGUCUCUGCUGAGUAUUCGGGGCUCCCUGUUUUCUCCGCGACGCAACAGCCAAGCAAGCCUGUUCAGCUUUAGAGCACGCAGGGAUGUAGGCUCUGAGAAUGAUUUUGCAGAUGAUGAACACAGCACCUUUGAAGACAGUGAAAGCAGAAGGGGUUCACUCUUUGUGCCACAUAUGCAGGACAGACGCAACAGUAACGUCAGCCAGACCAGUAGAUCAUCCAGAGUAAUGCUUCCCAUCAACAGAAAGAUGCACUGCAACGUGGAUUGCAAUGGAGUGGUUUCACUAGUGGGUGGACGCAUUGUGCCAGAGGCCACCACCACAACUGAAACAGAGACCAAGAAGAAAAGAUUUGGGUCUUAUCAGAUGUCAAUGGACUUUUUAAAUGAGCCUAAUGCAAGGCAAAGAGCUUUAAGUGUGGCAAGUAUUUUAACAAACACUAUGGAUGAACUCGAAGAAUCACGACAGAAAUGCCCACCAUGUUGGUACAAAUUUGCAAACACUUUCCUCGUAUGGGACUGCAGCCCGAACUGGCUUCGAAUCAAGACGAUAGUGAAUUUAAUUGUGAUGGAUCCUUUUGUAGACCUUGCAAUCACUAUCUGCAUUGUUUUGAACACAUUAUUCAUGGCCAUGGAGCAUUAUCCAACGACCCCAGAGUUUGACAAUGUGCUGUCUGUGGGAAAUCUGGUGUUUACUGGAAUUUUCACUGCAGAAAUGAUUUUAAAAAUUUGUGCUAUGGACCCCUACUAUUAUUUUCAAGAAGGCUGGAACAUUUUUGAUGGUAUUAUUGUGAGCCUAAGCUUAAUGGAGCUUGGUCUGGCAAAUUUUGAGGGACUGUCUGUACUGAGGUCAUUCAGACUGCUGAGGGUGUUUAAAUUAGCCAAGUCCUGGCCAACUUUGAACAUGCUCAUCAAGAUCAUUGGCAAUUCUGUGGGAGCUCUUGGAAACUUGACUUUGGUGCUCGCCAUCAUCGUUUUUAUUUUUGCUGUGGUGGGAAUGCAGCUGUUCGGAAAGAACUACAGAGACUGCGUUUGCAAAAUUGAUGAGAAUUGCGAGCUACCACGCUGGCACAUGUUUGAUUUCUUUCAUUCCUUCUUGAUUGUGUUCCGAGUCCUGUGUGGAGAGUGGAUUGAGACCAUGUGGGACUGCAUGGAAGUAGCUAGUCAGAGCAUGUGCCUGAUUGUGUUCAUGAUGGUUAUGGUGAUUGGGAACCUUGUGGUGUUGAAUUUGUUCCUGGCUUUGCUUCUGAGCUCAUUUAGUGCAGACAAUCUUGCUGCUACAGACGAUGAUAGAGAAAUGAACAAUCUACAGAUUGCUGUGGGAAGGAUUCAGAGAGGCAUUGACUUCAUGAAAAACACCCUCAGAGAAUUCUUUCAAAACACCUGCAUAAGAAACAAGAAGGUGCUUAAUGAAAUCAAACCCCUUGGAGAGCUGCACAACAUAAAAGACAGCAGCAUUUCCAAUCACACAACAGUCGAGUUAAUAAAGGAGCCAGAUUUCUGUAAGGACGGCAAUGGGACAACCAGUAGAAUAGGCAGCAGUGUGGGAAAGUACAUAAUCAAUGAAAGUGAUUACAUGUCCUUCAUCCAUAAUCCUAGCCUCACGGUGACAGUGCCAAUUGCAGUGGGAGAGUCCGACUUUGAGAACCUCAACACAGAGGAAUUCAGCAGUGAAUCAGACAUUGAAUGCAGCAAAGAGCAACUAAAUCAGUUCAGCUCCUCUGAGGGAAGUACUGUCAACAUCCAACCACUUGGAGAAGGAGAGCCGAUAGAAGUGGAACCUGAGGAAGCCCUGGAGCCUGAAGCCUGUUUCACCGAAGGAUGUGUACGGAAGUUCCAGUGCUGUCAGGUGAACAUAGAGAAAGGCAAAUGGAAAAUGUGGUGGAACCUGAGAAAAACGUGUUUCCGGAUUGUCGAACACAACUGGUUUGAAAGUUUCAUCAUCUUUAUGAUCCUUCUCAGCAGUGGUGCAUUGGCCUUUGAAGAUAUUUACAUUGAGCAGAAGAAGACCAUCAAGAUCAUGCUGGAAUAUGCUGAUAAAGUCUUUACCUACAUCUUCAUUUUGGAAAUGCUUCUGAAGUGGGUGGCCUAUGGGUUUGUGAAGUAUUUUACCAAUGCCUGGUGCUGGCUGGACUUCCUGAUUGUUGAUGUGUCUUUAAUCAGCUUAACAGCCAAUGCCUUGGGCUACUCGGAACUGGGUGCCAUUAAGUCUCUUAGGACGCUACGAGCAUUGAGACCUUUAAGGGCCCUGUCACGGUUUGAAGGGAUGAGGGUGGUCGUCAAUGCUCUUCUUGGAGCAAUUCCAUCCAUCAUGAAUGUGCUCCUGGUCUGUCUUAUAUUCUGGCUCAUUUUCAGUAUAAUGGGUGUGAAUUUGUUUGCUGGGAAGUACUAUCACUGUGUUAACACCACGGAUGGAGAGCGCUUCCCGAUUAGUGUUGUUUACAACAAGAGCGAAUGCCUAAUGCUCAACCAGAGUGCCCGCUGGAAGAACGUGAAAAUCAACUUUGACAACGUGGGGGCCGGUUACCUGGCUCUACUGCAAGUGGCCACAUUCAAAGGAUGGAUGGACAUUAUGUAUGCAGCUGUGGAUUCACGUAAAUUCGACGAACAGCCUGAUUACGAAGUUAAUCUGUAUAUGUACCUGUACUUCGUUAUAUUUAUAAUCUUUGGAUCCUUCUUCACAUUAAACCUUUUCAUUGGUGUCAUCAUCGACAACUUCAAUCAACAGAAGAAAAAGUUUGGGGGUCAGGAUAUCUUCAUGACAGAGGAACAGAAAAAAUACUACAAUGCCAUGAAGAAGCUUGGAUCAAAGAAACCACAAAAGCCAAUUCCUAGACCAAUGAACAAGUUCCAAGGACUCAUCUUUGAUUUUGUUGCAAAACAAGUCUUCGAUAUUACCAUUAUGAUUCUCAUCUGCCUUAACAUGAUUACCAUGAUGGUGGAAACAGAUGACCAGACUGAAGAAAUGCAAAAUAAUCUUUACAGGGUUAAUUUAGUCUUCAUUAUACUUUUCACUGGUGAAUGUGUUCUGAAGGUGGUUUCACUCCGACACUAUUACUUUACCAUCGGCUGGAACAUUUUCGACUUUGUGGUGGUGAUUCUCUCCAUAGUUGGCAUGUUUCUUGCAGAAAUAAUUGAAAAAUACUUUUUUUCGCCAACCUUGUUCAGAGUUAUUCGACUUGCCAGAAUUGGCCGCAUUCUUCGACUUAUUAAGGGUGCUAAAGGAAUCCGCACACUUCUCUUUGCCUUGAUGAUGUCACUUCCUGCCUUGUUCAACAUUGGUCUACUGCUCUUUUUAGUUAUGUUUAUCUAUGCCAUCUUUGGCAUGUCAAAUUUUGCCUAUGUCAAAAAGGAAUCUGGCAUUGAUGACAUGUUCAACUUUGAAACCUUUGGCAACAGUAUGAUCUGCUUGUUUCAAAUUACAACAUCUGCUGGUUGGGAUGGUUUGCUGGCUCCCAUUCUUAACAGAGGGCAGCCAGACUGUGACAGUGAGAUAGAUCAUCCAGGCAGUUCUAUAAAAGGAAACUGUGGAAACCCAUCUGUGGGGAUUCUCUUCUUUGUCAGCUACGUUAUUAUAUCUUUUCUAAUUGUGAUAAACAUGUACAUUGCCAUUAUUCUGGAAAACUUUAGCGUCGCUACUGAGGAGAGUGCAGAACCACUAAGUGAAGAUGAUUUUGAAAUGUUCUACGAAGUCUGGGAGAAGUUUGACCCUGAUGCGACUCAGUUUAUGGAAUAUGGUAAACUGUCCAAUUUUGCUGAUGCUUUGGAUCCCCCGCUUCGUGUACCAAAGCCAAAUAAAAUCCAGCUCAUUGCCAUGGACCUGCCCAUGGUUAGUGGGGAGCGAAUUCAUUGCCUUGACAUAUUGUUUGCUUUCACAAAACGUGUGUUGGGGGAGGGUGGAGAAAUGGAUGCUCUCCGUGGGCAAAUGGAAGAACGCUUCAUGGCAUCAAAUCCAUCCAAGGUCUCUUAUGAACCAAUAACCACAACUCUACGUCACAAGCAGGAACACAUGUCUGCCAUUGUCAUUCAGAGAGCCUUCAGAUGCUACCUAUUCAGACGAACAGUUAAAAAAGCCUUUUAUUUGUUCAAAGAAAAAAUCAACGCAGGUGAAAAUCUACUUGACAAAGAAGAAAUGGUGAUUGAUAAAUUUAAUUACAACUCAAACACAGAUAAAAUGGAUGUAAUGCCUUCCAUGGCUUCCCCACCUUCCUAUGACAGUGUGACCAAACCAGACAAAUAUGAGAGAGACAAAGCAGAGAAGGAUGACAGGAGCAAAUAGUUCAGGGCGUAUAAAAAGUAAAAAGGAAACCAAAUGCAAGCUUAAAAUUCCAAUUAUAUGACAAAAUUGUUUACAGCCUGUGAAGGUGAUCUGUAAGUGUCAACUGGACUCCCUGUUUGUGUGGAGAUCUAUGCCAAACUGACAGUGCUAACUAAUCUUUCAAAGUGCUUACUAAUCUUUCAAACCCUCAUCAGGACACUGUGACUCCAACUGGCAGAGAAGAAUCCACAAUCUGCAUGAGGGGGUUACUGUUUUUGCUACCAGCUGACGCCACUAAAGAGAGAGUCAACAAGUGUAGUUUAACCCUAAAACACUUUAGUAAACACUUUAGUAUGACUAAUAUUAAAACCCAGUGUCUUGCAAUCCAACUGCCAUAUUUUUAUGUUUUUAAUAUAUAUAUAUUUUCCCACAAUCUUUGUGUUGGAUUUCAUUGUUUUUAAUUCAUAGGUUGUUUAUUAUACAGUAUGCGAGUAUUUUUGUAAGUGGGCUUUAUGUUAACAGGAGGGGGCUUAUGUACUCCUUUAAUGGUAAGAGGACAACAAACAAACAAACAAAAACAAAACCAACAAAGUUCGUGCAUGGAAGCAUGCUGAUCCCAUAAACCAUGCAUGAAGUCACCAAAAAAGUAUAUUUUUAUCCACUUCAGUGUUUCAGUGGCUCCCAACUUUUUGAGGUGUGUAUUUAACCACGUUUUGGUAAAUCCAGGUGUAUAUGUGUACCUUUAAAAAGAGAAAAAAAAAUCUGACAGGAAAUGGGUUAAGAAGGAUAACAAUAAGACAUGAGUCUUAUUAAGCCAUCUCUAGCUAUCAGUAAGGUUCACUAUGUGUAAAUAGUUAUUUUACUCUGUGGUGCAAAUUUGAGCAAACAAGAUUCUUGGCACAGUGGUUGCUGCAAUAAAUAUGUACCACGUUGUGUAGAUUGCAAGCUUUUGACAGGGUCAUGCUGUAUUCUAUAUCAUACACAAUUUGGAAGCUGUCACUGAUAUUGUCUAUUAAUGAUAUUGUCUAUUAUGGAAAGCCAUGUCAGUGGUGAAGUGAAACAAACUGUUCAACAGGACCUUAUUCCUCCAUAUCAUUAAGAUACAGUUUGCUGCGUUUCUGUUCUUUUUUAAAAGAAGAAAUGUUUCUAUUUAGGUUUUCUUAUGUUUCAAAUCGAUAUUGUCGUCUGUAUAGCCAUACUGUACAGAACACUCUACAAACUGCUUAAACUGGUUAAAAUACGUGGUUAGUUUUUACUAUAUGUGAAUAUAAAUAUUGAGAUGUUAAUUUUGUUUAUUUCUUUUUUAGCAUUUUUGUACAUAAAAUAUGCUAUUAAAAUGGGCUUCAGGUCAACGGCAUGGCCACGUAUGUUACUUUAGAUCCAUAGCACUUAUUUCAUUCAAGAACUUCCCUGAAUAAAUGAAAAUGGUCAUUUAAUUAUUUUUUUAAUUCUUGCACAUAUUUUUUAUAUAUAGUUUUGUUUUGUGUAAACUGGAAUCACAAUUCCUUUGUUUCUGCAUGGUGGUAUCUUGAAACGGACACUAGAUACGUAGCCUACUGUAUGAAUCUACAGUGUGGCCUGUCAACAGGGCUGCUCUGGUCAUAGUCUUUGAAUCUCUUGCUUUACAUGUACUUUUAAAACUGAAAUGUAUUUAUGAAUUUAUUUUUAAUCACACACAUAUUCAUUCUGCACUAAGAACUACUAGAAAUGGAAUAUGGGUCCACAGGUACUUCUGGUUCACAAGAACACAAGGUGACGUUUGUGUUUCAAUACACAAGCCGCAUUCCGUAGACUCUGUCUUUUACUAAGCUUAUCAGCGUGUAGAGUAUUAGUGAACUGCAUGUGGGACAAUGCUAUUAGUCAUGGUAAAAUACAUUAUAAAAAGCCAAAACAAUAAACAUUACUGCUUUUUUCCCUCUCAGGUAUGUCUGUUAGUAAUUUGUUAAUCAAUAGGCAUUCACCAGCGUGAGCAUAAAACAUUAACACAAAUUAUAGCAUCUCUUUUUCUGUAUUGGUCCGAGUAAGGCAUGUUUGCUUAAUAAUGUCUAAUGGGUUAUAUUUAAUAAAAUCAUUAAACCGCAAAAAGCCAUUACCUGUAUUGAAAUCUACAAGUCAGAAAUGUAUGGCUAUAGCCACAUUAUUUUGGUCAACAAUAAUGUUUAGUUUUACACAGUGGAUAGGUUACUGCUCCAGUGAAAAGCUUGCUCCACUUAAACGUAAAAAAAAAAAGAAAAAAGAAAAGAACUUAAAAUAUUAGCAUUCUUAGUGUCAUUCUUUAUAGAAAAGCAAUACAAUCCUUACACUGGAAUAACAGCUUUGUAAAUCAGGCCUUAAGUUCAUUUUGCACAGGAUUAAAUUAAAACAUUCUUUUUUAAGACUUUUUGCAAAACAUUCUGCCAGACAUUUGUGUGUGUGUGUGUGUGUGUGUGUGUGUGUGUGUGUGUG